AUGUCUGAUUUACCACCGGGUUGGGUUAAGAAAAUUUCAAGUCGUACUGGAAAAGAAUAUUAUAUUGAUCCAGUAACAAAAGAAAGUCAAUGGGAACAUCCAAGUGCCACGAAUAAUAAACCGUCCGGUGGACGAAGAGCAGCCAAUGGAGAUCAAGUACAAGUACUUCAUAUUCUUGUUAAACAUACAGGUUCACGUAAUCCAAAAAAUUACAAAGGCGAAACAAUCACUCGCAGUAAAGCUGACGCUCGUCUUAGACUUGAUGACAUUAUCAAUGAAUUAGAAAAUGCUAAGGAUCUUGAAUCAACAUUUCGUCGUAUUGCGAAAGACAAAAGUGAUUGUAGUUCAGGUCAACGAGGAGGUGAUCUUGGUAUGUUUGGCCAUGGUGCAAUGCAAAAAGCAUUUGAAGAAGCUUCAUUUGCAUUAGAUGUGAAUGAAAUGAGCAAUGUCGUCGAUUCAGAUUCGGGUCUUCAUGUUAUUUUACGCAUCGCCUAA